CUGCUCCAGGAGUCCGGCCGAAAGCUGCCGAGCGUGAGUCUCCGCCCCGGGAGUUGGCUGUUCGCUUUCGUUGUCCGCAUCUCGAAGCAGGAGCCAUAUAUUGAAGACAAUGUCUGGAAGCUUCUACUUUGUAAUUGUUGGCCAUCAUGAUAAUCCAGUUUUUGAAAUGGAGUUUUUGCCAGCUGGGAAAGCAGAAUCCAAAGAUGACCAUCGUCAUCUGAACCAGUUCAUAGCUCAUGCUGCUCUCGACCUCGUAGACGAGAACAUGUGGCUGUCAAACAACAUGUACUUGAAAACUGUGGACAAGUUCAACGAGUGGUUUGUGUCAGCAUUUGUCACUGCAGGGCAUAUGCGAUUUAUUAUGCUUCAUGACAUAAGACAAGAAGAUGGGAUAAAGAACUUCUUUACUGAUGUGUAUGAGUUAUAUAUAAAGUUUGCAAUGAAUCCAUUUUAUGAACCCAAUUCUCCUAUUCGAUCAAGCGCGUUUGACAGAAAAGUUCAGUUUCUUGGGAAGAAACACCUUUUAAGCUGAAUGUGGAGAAAAUCUGAACUAAAUGAUGUCACCACAAUGGGGUAUACUCAGGAAUGUAUACAUUGUAAGUAACUUGAUUAAUAGCUUGGAAAACGUAAUUGUAAUCUCAAUUUAUCUAAACCUAAUGAAAUUCCUUUUAUAUUAAAAAAGUACAUUCCGUUUCAUGUCACUUGUCAACAGAUCAGUAUUUGCUUGUGAACACUGUUAUUUAUAAAGAAUUCUUCAUCAAUAAUUUAAGUAUUUUGAUUUUAAAAAUUGAGAAAAAGCAUUUGACUUUCCUAAUUCAGAUAACUUGAUCCCAUGAUAUAACAACCUCAAAAAAUGUCAUAGUCAAGAUUUGGUGGACAGAUUUAAAACAAAAGAUUUUACAGUAGGGGAUGGAAUGGGUAGCACAUACAUUGAUUUAUUUAUACAUUUAGAGAUGUUAUAAAAAUUUAUAGGCAGUAUACACCGCACUACCCAAGAAGCCGAAGAAAAACUUUUGCAGUGCCAAGUGUCAUGGUGUCAUGUGCCUACUUCUGUCAGAGGCUGGGAAUAGUGAUCCUGUUGUAAUUUUAAAUCCUGGAUCCAUUUUUGUAAAGUGGGAGGCUGGGUCCAGGUAUGGGCCACAGUGGAAUGUGUUGCUUCUGUCACUUUAUGUUCUUUUAUUUUUCUCUCAGAAAGUAAACUAAGAUUAAGUGAACCUAUUGAUAUCUGUACUUGUAAAAUGUUGUAAGGCAAUUUUAGAAUUGUUGUCAAAGAAAAGCUUGGAUUCCACUAAUAUUUGUACUCUUAGCCUUUUGGGCUAUACACCACAGGGAGUUGGGAGCAGCCUCUUUGGUACUAUAAUGAGUGUGUGAUCUUACUGUAAAACAGUACAUGUCCAUUGAAAAGCAAGUAAUAUUACCAGAUACUUUCUGUGCUUAUUGUGAGCAUGUGAAGAAUUUUGUUCCAUUCUGAAUAACUUUUAAACAAAGGAUUCUCUAAGUUUGGUCUUGUAUCCUUGUAUGAAGUUACUACCAUCAUUUUCUACCCUAUUUAUUUGCUUUCUUAAAUAAAGAUGCUUGUCCAA